GAUCUGCAGGCUGAGCUCCUGAGAGAGAAGGGAGGGAUCCCUCUGUUGCUUCCUGGUCGCAGCAGCACGCCAGCUGAUGGUUAUGAUAGUGGUAGUAAUGGGGGUGAGCGGGUCUGGGAAAACAGAAGUGGGAACUUUACUCGCAAAUAAGCUGGGAUGGAAAUUUUAUGAUGCAGAUGAUUAUCACCCUAUUGAAAAUAAAGUUAAGAUGUCGCAGGGUAUACCAUUAAGUGAUGAGGACAGACAACCUUGGCUCUGUGAGUUGCAUGAAUUAAUAAAGAGAGAGAGAGCCUGUGGUCAGCGUCUCGUGCUGGCAUGCUCUGCGUUGAAGAGGGCCUACAGGAGAUCUCUGACUACUGGGGGAAAUUUGCCGAAGAAACGCUGCCAGCACAAAGAAGAUGACAUCUCCUCUGAAACAUUGUUCAUCCAUUUGCAAGGUUCAUUGGAACUCAUCUCCAAACGGAUGCAGAAAAGAAAAGGGCAUUUCAUGCCAUUAAAAUUAUUAGAAUCCCAGUUUGACACACUGGAGCCUCCAGCUGCACCUGAGCUCUUUAUUACUGUUAAUGUGGAGAAAGCUAUCCCAGAAAUAGUUUCUGAACUACAGGCUACAUUACAGGAUGAGACUCCAAUAUAGGGCAAGGAAGAAAGGUCCUUGGUAUCCUGGACCAGGACUUACCUUGCCAUCAGUACAAGUUUCCUGUAUUAUGUGUGUUUAAUGAUUUUGUUGAUUUUAAAGAGGUUGUAUCAUGAAAAAAUAAAAAUCAGUUUGUUUUAUACCCAUCAACCAUAACAUUAAAACCACUUGCCUUCUAUUGUGUAGGACCCCCUCGUGCCACCAAAACAGCUCUGACCCAUCAAGGAAGGGACUCCACAAGACCUCCCGGCCCCUCUACUUCCUGGUUCUCUCACCCAGUGCCUGCCAUGCUUCCGAUCACAGCUGAUUGGGUACCAUGGCGGCACCCCCCAACCUCAACCGUGCGGCUGCAGAGAUUAGGCUGAGGAUAUUUAAAACAAAGUGCCCUUGCCUUCCCUGUGUACAUCCAGCGCCCUGCAGCUACAGAGAGUAGCAGCCACCAGGAAAAUGUAGUCGCAAUGGUCACAAUGUUCUGAUCAUUGGUGGACUGAUGAUUUAGUCAUUGAUGGUUUAAAGCUUUUUUUCUUUUCUUUUUUUUAAAUAUAUAUUUGUGUUGGAUACAUUUUAAAUAAAUGUUCUUAACCUAAAAACCCAAACUUUUUCCGAGCAGUUCUUGGCAAGAAUAUUGGCCAGUUAAAUCCUGUAAGUUGCGAGGCGGGGCCUACAUGGCUCGGACUUGUUUUUCCAGCACAUCCCGCAGAUGCUUUUUCGAAUUAGGAUCUGGGGAGUUUGGAAGCCAAGUCAACACCUUGAUGUCUUUGUCAUGUUCCUCUAACCAUUCCUGAACACUUUUUGCACUGUGGCAGGGCACAUUAUCCUGCUGAAAGAGGCCACUUUCUUCCAUUGCUCCAUGGUCCAGUUCUGACACUCCCAAGCCACUGUAGGUGCUUUCUGCUAUGUACUUUGGUCAGCAUGGGCACUCUGUCCAGUCUGUUCGGCUGAGCAGUCCCAUACUGUGUGUUCUGACACCUUUCUAUCAAAGCCAGCAUUAAUGUUUUCUGCAAUUUGUGCUACAGUAGCUGUUCUGUGGGAUCAGGCUAGAUGGGCCAGCCUUUGCUCCCUAUAUGCAUAAAUGAACCUUGGGCUCCCAUUACCCUGUUGUCGGUCCCCAUUUGAUCUUCCUUGGACCACUAUUGGUAAGUACUUUAUUGCAUAUCGGGAUCACUCCACAAGACCUUCCGUUUUGGAGAUGCUCUGACCCAGUUCAGCCAUCACAAUUUGGGUCCUAGUCAAAGUUGCUCUGAUCCUUACACACUAGAUGAUGUGUGUAGCCGGCGAUAUCGUCAGCAACGGGACCCGGCAGCGGGGACGGCAGCGGCAAGUGCAUUACACACUUGCUGAUGCUAGCAGCGAUGAGCGACGGCGGGAAGGGGAAGCGGGGGCCAUGCCCUCGCUGAUGAUAUCUUUGUCAGACCUGCUUGCAGGUCUGAUGGACGAUGUCGCUGAUGACGUGUGGGAGUGCACAUAAUUAGCAACAUAGUGCAUACACACUAGAUGAUAUCGUGAACGACGGGUUGGAAUCAUGCAGAUUGUCAACAAUAUCGUGUAGUGUGUACCCGUUUUUGGGCCUAAUUCAGCCUCGCAGUCUGAAUCCCUAUGUGGAGUGCGCCUGCACCCCGGGAGCCCAGUGAGAUGCUAACAGGAUCUCUGGGCUGCGAUCACCUCUGCCUGAUUGACAGGCAGAGGUGGUCAUGGGGCAGGAGGGGGCGUGCCAAUGGCAUUAGAACGCCAUUAGCGGGGUGCGAUCCGGACAACGCAUGUGUGUCCGGACUGUUGGGGGGCCAGGCUGCGGCAACUGCGUGACAUCACACGCAGCUGCUGCAACCCAGGAUGUAGCGGCCUGCCAGGGUGCAGGUGCUGCGCUGGCAGGGAGCUACUUGCCAGGUGCGAAAGCAUUGCCGCCGUGCGAUGCUUUUGCACCUAUGCGGGGGGAGGGCCUGACCGACGGGGCGGACUCAUGUCAGAGUAAAUGAUCGUAGAUGUGCUAAAUUUAGCACAUCUAUGAUCAGAUCUGAAUUACCCUCUUUAUACUUGCCCAGUUUCUUCUGUUUCUAACACAUCAACUUCAAGAACGGACUGUUAAUUUUCUGCCUUAUAUAUCACAGUCCUUGACAGCUGCCAAUGUAAUAAGAUAGUCAAUGUUAUUUACUUAACCUGCCAGUGGUUUUAAUGUUAUGGCUGAUUAGUGUAUUUCUAUUUGCUGACUUUUUUAGAUUUUCUUGCUCUUUCUACAUUUGAUAUUAUCAUAAUAAUAUAUGAACAUAGAAAAAAAAAGUGUGUGUGUGUAUAUAUAUAUAUAUAUAUAUAUAUAUAUAUAUAUACACACGCACUAUAUAUAUUAUGUAAUUUUACACACCUGGUCAAAAGUUGGGGCCCCUGACUAUUUCUUCAGCUGGACAUCCUUUUUUUCAGACUCUUAGUAAGACAGAUUUUAUAUUUGAGAUACAAAUAUACUCAAUAAUCACCUACUGUAUCUGAGUGAAGAAAUAAAUAAGUUUACUUAGUAAUUGUGGGGAUACACAUUGUAAUAAAGAGAAUAACCACUAAAGUGGAUUA